AUGUCAUCGUCAUUUGUUGUUUUUACUUGUAUUGAUUUGGUAAUUCUAUGUAAUCAGCAAUCAAGUCAACCGGUUCUUCCGGAUUUCAUAUUCGGACCUAAUCCAACCAAGGAUGCCUUGAAAGCAUAUUCAAAACGAAUAAAAAACAAAGUCAUAUUGCUAGAUAAUCCAUUGAAAAUCACUGCGAAAGAGAAGAGAGCAUUAGGACUUUAUGAUAUUCCAAAGAAAUGUUGGAGGUACGAGCUGUUUGUGCCAUUGCACGAGCUAUGGACGCAAUAUAUAAACGAGUUAUAUGGAACAUCGAAUUCGUUUGGGUUUGCGCAAAAGCUACUGAAAGCUGAUUUGCAUGGAGCUAUUAUGACAGGUGAAAAUCGAAUAAGAGUGUUGGCUCGCUCGCUACUCGAGAGGUCUCAUUUUAACCAAUACUUCUUGUUUAUAGUCUCUAAAUCAAAGUGCGCAUCAUACAUUGGCGUUUCUGGCAUAAUGAUUCAGGAGACAGAGAACAUGUUCAAGAUAAUAACGUCUUCUGACGAGCUUAAAAAUAUUCCCAAGGGUCAUAGUGUAUUUACAGUGAACAUACGCGAUACUGUAUUUAGCAUUUAUGGAAAUCAAUUCAGAUGCAGAGCAGCUCUCAGAACAACGAAAAAAUUUAAAAAUAAACCGAGUAUUGAUUUGUGA